CAAAAACCCUAAUGCCGUUAUAAAUUUCACAAUCUCUUUCUCUUUCUCGGUCUCUCAGUUUGUAUGCUUAUAAUAAACCUCUCUGUAUCAUUAUUUCCAUUUGAGCCUCGUCAAGUAACUCUAGCAAAUAUGAAGAAGACAAAGACUUCAUCUUCUUUAGAAGAAGACAUUCCUGAUAAAACCCUAGUUUCAAAAUUGAAUAAAGACAAUAAGAAAAACAAGAAGAACAAGAAGAAGAGUAAAAAUCUUACUCCUUUAUUGGUUUCAUUAGCUGAUUUCUUGGAGCGCCAGGGAUAUUCUAAAACCCUUGCUGCAUUUAAGUCUGAAGCUUUACAGGACGAGGAAGAGCUUGAUGGGGUCAAAGGGCAUGCCUUGGAUGUGGAGACGAUGUAUUUCAAGUACUUAGAGAUGAGUGAUGGGGAAGCAAAUAACACCAGCUCUGGCAAACAAGAUUUGAAUACAGAGGUGGUUGCUGAUAUCUGUGCUGAUAAGUUAUCGAAUGGAGCAGUACCGGAUUUGCCUGUGAAAUCUAAAGAGAAGAAAAAGAAAACCAAGUCUACGUCUGAACCUAUUUCAGAGAGUGUUGAGCAAAGUGCAGCUGAAAAUGGACAUUUAGAGAAGUCAGCGACUGAGGAGGAGACAGAUGUAAAAUCCAAAGACAAGAAAAAGAAAACCAAGUCUACAUCUGAACCUAUUUCAAAGAGUGUUGAGCAAAGUGGUUCAGCUGAAAAUGGGCAUUUAGAAAAACCAGUGACUGAGGAGGAGACAGAUGUAAAAUCCAAAGACAAGAAAAAGAAGAGAAAGAAAUCGAAAACUGAAAGUUCAUCCGUGGAUGCCGAGGAAUCUGAGAAACGAGAUUCUAAAAAAUCUGACUCCAAGAAGGAAAAGGUUCCAAUUUCGGAAGUGAAUGGAGCUGGCACAGAGAGUAAAGAUUCUAAGAAAAGAAAAAGAGGAGGUUCUGAAGAGAAUGAAUCUCAGGCUGAUGAAAAGGUUGAGAGUAAGGAUACUAAGGAAAGUCGGACAAAAAGUUCAGAAGAGGAAAACAAAAAGGAUCUCAGCGCUACACCUUUUACAACUGAAAAGGCCGCGAAGAAACAACGUAUUGGUUCUGCUGAGCCAAAGACGGCUAAUGCAUUUCGAAGGGUUGAAAUUGAAAAGGUGGAAUUUGUUGACGACAGGCUUCAAGAUAAUUCUUAUUGGGCAAAGCAUGGUGCUGAUGUUGGCUAUGGUGCAAAAGCACAAGAAGUUCUAGGGCAAGUGAGAGGAAAGGAUUUUAGACAUGAGAAGACAAAGAAGAAACGUGGAAGUUACCGGGGAGGUAUCAUUGAUCAGGAUUCACACUCGAUCAAAUUUAAUUUCUCUGAUGAAGAGUGAUACUGGGUUGAAUAUCUAAACCAGAAAGUUUUUGCUUAUAUUUAUUUGUUUUCUUGAUGUUGCAAUUGAGCUCCUAAACUAGAAAGAGAGACUCAUACUUCAGGUCAUUAAAGAGAGACUGUUGGGCUUCUAAUAUUAUAGUGGCUGGUGUAUAAGUUUGAGUCUGAUAGCCCUUUGGGCUUUAUAAUCCUUAAUUCGCUAUUUACAUUAGAAACUUUACUUGCUCAUCAACGCCAUUCAAUCAGGUAAUUCUUAAGUACAGUAAUGACUGUUCAUGAA